GGAGGAGGAGGAGGAAGAGGAGGAGGAGCGCAUCCCGGAGAGUCAGAUCUCGGCAGCAUCCGGAUGUAAAAGUUGGUAAAGUGUCUGUUGUUGGUCUGAACGGAUCCGGGAUGCGGAGGAUUAACGGAGACAAGUGAACUUUACGGGACCCUGGUUCUGGUUCUGGUCCCGGUUCUGGUCCUGGUUCUCUGCUGAGGUCUCAUCUGAUCCGGACCCAGAAGCUGCUGCUGCGCGUCGCUGCGCUGCGUCCUGAUGGACCUCAUGCUCCUCCAGCAGGACUCUGCUCCUCUUCACCUCUGAGACUCACAAAGUUGGACUUUAAAAAGAGAAAAGUAAAGAAGAGGAGAAGAGGAGGAGGAGGAGGAGGAAGGAGGAGGAGGAAGGAGGAAGGAGGCCGGGUGGAGGAGAGGAGCUGCCCGGACCAGAGGGAGCAGAACUCGGACACUUUGGAGUUCCUUCGGCGAUGGAGACGUCCACAUCGAGGGCCUCGGAGAGAAAAGACAGAAUGGACGGGAGCGGAUUCUCCGACCUGAAGAAACCCUCAGAGACGAGAGCCCCCCACCACAUCUUCCCCACCUUCCACACACCGAUCCCCAUCGACAUGCGCCAUCACGAAGGACGCUACCACUACGAGCCUCACGCGCUGCACGCCAUGCACGGCCCUGCAGGUUUGGCCGGCGGCCCCGUCAUCUCCGAUAUCUCCCUGAUCCGCCUCUCACCCGCCGCCAUGGCGACCGGCGACUCCCCCUUCAGCCCGCCUCACCCGUACGUCAACCCCCACAUGGAGCACUACCUGAGGUCCGUGCACGGCAGCCCCACCCUGUCCAUGAUCUCAGCCGCCAGAGGACUCAGCCCAGCCGACCUGGCCCAUGAGCAUCUGAAGGAGCGCGGGCUGUUCGGCCUGCCCCCCCCCCAUCCCGGGGCGAGCCCCGCCGAGUACUACCACCUGAUGGCGAGCCACCGGAGCCCCUACGGCGAGCUGCUCAUGCAGGGGGCCGGGGCCACCGCCGGGGCCCACCUGUCCGACUACAUCACCCCCAUCGACGUGUCGCGGUUCUCCGGCUCCAGACUGACGCCGCGGCUCGGCAGGAAGAGGGCGCUGUCCAUCUCGCCGCUGUCGGACGCCAGCAUCGACCUCCAGACGAUGAUCCGCACUUCGCCCAACUCGCUGGUCGCCUACAUCAACAACUCGCGCUCCAGCUCGGCCGCCAGCAGCUCCUACGGUCACCUUUUGAGGGUCACCUUGGCGUUUUGUGUCCUCGCUCCCCACAGCCCGUCCUUCCCGUUCCCUCACCCCAUCAACCCCGUGGCGUACCAGCAGCUGCUCUCUCAUCAGCGAGGGCUCGGCGCCUUCGGCCACACGCCGCCGCUCAUCCAGGCUCCGCCCUCGUUCUGCGGCCGUCAGUCAGGCCUCGGCCUCUCCUCGCUGCCCGCCGCCGCCCACAACAGCGACCUGGCGAAGAACCACGGCGGCGACUUGGCAGUCAGCAGCUCGGUCGACCCCAUGAUCACCAAGAGGUCAAAGGUCAAGAUCGAAGUAGACGGACUGAGGCCGUUGUCUCCUUGUUCACCGAACCAUCAUCGCGGCGGCUCGUUGGACCUGAAGGAUGACGUGGACCGGGACGACUGUAAGCAGGAGCCCGAGGCCGUCUACGAGACCAACUGUCACUGGGAGGCCUGCAGCAAAGAGUACGACACGCAAGAGCAGCUGGUCCAUCACAUCAAUAACGACCACAUCCACGGCGAGAAGAAGGAGUUUGUGUGCCGCUGGGACGAGUGUUCGCGGGAGCAGAAGCCCUUCAAAGCUCAGUACAUGCUGGUGGUUCACAUGCGCCGGCACACGGGGGAGAAACCACACAAGUGCACGUUCGAGGGCUGCUCUAAGGCCUACUCCCGUCUGGAGAACCUCAAAACACACCUGCGCUCGCACACCGGAGAGAAACCGUACGUCUGCGAGCACGAAGGAUGCAACAAAGCCUUCUCCAACGCCUCGGACCGGGCCAAACACCAGAACCGGACGCACUCCAACGAGAAACCCUACGUAUGUAAGAUCCCCGGCUGUACCAAGCGCUACACCGACCCCAGCUCUCUCAGGAAGCACGUGAAGACGGUCCACGGCCCGGAGGCCCACGUCACCAAGAAGCAGCGCAACGACAUGCCGCCGAGGCCGCCGGCGCCCAGGGAGAACGGCGAGAACGAGGCGGGUCACAGAGACCGAAUCCAGAGGGAGGACAAGAUGUCCGACAACAGCUCCCCCAGAGGCGUGGAGGACUACCUGCACGUCAAAUCCAUCAAGACGGAAACCUCUGUGAUGUAUCAGUCCAGCCCUGGCGGUCAGUCAUCAUGUAGCAGCGAACCAUCACCACUUGGCAGUGCCACCAACAAUGACAGUGGAGUAGAAAUGGCGGCGCACAGCGGGGGAAGCCUGGGGGACCUCAGCACCUUGGACGACCUGCCCUUCGUGGAGUCCUUGGGCUGUGAGGGUUCCACCGGCGGGGUCGCGGUGGUGGGUCUCCACCUCCGCAAGCAGUUCGGCACCAGCCAGUGCCUGGAGCAUCUGAAGAAGGAGAAGCUGAAGACAGUGAGGGACUCGUGUCGGUGGGCCAGCAACCCAACACCCCAGGUCCUCGGCACCAAGCUCCCACCCAUACCAGCAAGCGGGUCCCUCCUGGAGAGUCCAAGUAUGGGUGGUGGUCCGGUGUCCUUCCCUGGUUCCGGCUUUGGUGAUCUGUGCUCUGGUAAAACGACUCUGCUGGAAAACCUUUCAGAGCGCCGUGACAGCACCUCCAGCACCCUGAGCUCAGUUUACACCCUCAGCCGCCGCUCCUCAGGCAUCUCCCCUUGCUACUCUAGUCGGCGCUCAAGCCUCGAGGCCUCGCAGUUCGGUGCCAACCGCCCCAGCAACCUUAGCUCUGCCGACUCCUAUGACCCCAUCUCCGCAGACAUGUCCCGGCGCUCCAGUCAGGCCAGCCAGUGUGGGGGAUGCAGCGGAGGAGCAGGAGGGUGCGGAGGAAGGGGUUUACCCAGCCCUCUCAGCCUGACCCCAGCCCAGCACUACCGCCUCAAGGCGAAAUACGCCGCUGCCACUGGAGGUGCACCGCCUACGCCUCUUCCAUACAUGGACCGAAUUUGUCUGAAGACCCAAACAGCACUGUACGGGGACCCCCAGGAAUCCUCCACCACCAACAAAGGCCUGCCUUCCAGGCAGUACAGCAGCUAUACCACGCGGAGCCUGAUGCCCCAUGAGUUCCCGUCCAGCAUCUCCCGCCGAGCCAGCGACCCUGUGAGACGCGUGGCCAUAGAUUAUUCUAGCCAGCCACAAAUGCAGCGCUACAACAGCAUGGGCACGCUGAGUGGAGGGGUGACCAUGCAGCCCCAUCCGCCUCUUGCAGCAGAUAGCCUACAUUUAUCCCAGCAAGGCUGCAUGCGACCGGAUGGUAGUCCCCACCGCUACCCUUACAGCCUGCGACCGCCCAGCCUUUCGGAGAACGUCACCAUGGGGAUGAUAACAGAUGACAUCCCUGAAGAAGACCUACCUGACAUCAGCACUGACAACAACAGAGUGUCAACAAAUCAAGAUUUCAAAGGAAACCCCGGUCUCCAGGAGCAGUUGUACUAUCAGAGAAGGAUGGCCAGCAUGGGUCCAGUGCAGCAUCGACAGAUGUGUCCAUCUUCACCGAGGGACAGUAAAUCCAACUUACUUGCCCAGUGGAACAAAGUCUCUUUGGGACCCAUGGAUGCCAGCCAGCACUACUCCAAACUACAGGUCCGGGGGAACCUGGCUGUCCUCCAGCAAAACCAGAACUUUGGAUCUUUGCACAACAAUCUCAGCUCCAACCAGCAGAUGAUUCAGAACCUUGUUAACACAACGCAGCAGAGAUGCAAACAGCUGAAUACUGAACCAGGAGCAAACUGCUUCCAGCAGCUGAGAUUCCAGCAGUCAUCAAAUCUCAAUGAAGCACUUAGCUCUCAGUACAGGUUCAACAAAGGCAUCAGUCCUUAUGAUAAGAACGGUAACACCACUUAUCCACCGUGUAAUAACACUACAGCACUCAACGGGAGCAUGCUAAGCUUCACAUGCAAACAGGGACCAGUUGACAUGGAGACUGCGGACAUGCACUUCGCUGAUGCUGGAUUUCAGCCUGUGCAAGUUAAAAUUGAGGAUUGUGAUGGAUUAAUGAUUUCAGAGCAGCAGAACUGUAACGUGACCUCCCAGAAUCCCUUGCAAACUGGGAGCCAUCUCCAGCCAAUGCCACCAACAGAACCUAAAUCUCUAAACCUGCACCUUUCAGGGCCAAAAGUGAUGCAGCAAACAAGACACCCAAGUAACGUUACCCCAGAUGUUGCUUCCAAAUUACCGAGUGGAGUUUUAACACUUCAUUGCAGCGACAACUCUGAUGACAAUGCCUUGUACUACACAGGGCAGAUUCAAGUAUUUGAGCCCAAUGGGAACUUGGACCAUUAUGUUUCUCCUGUGGUGACUGUACCUCCUCCCAGUCCAGGCAACAACCAGGCCUCCGGGACUGUAGACUGUAACGCAGCACUGGAGCAGGGGCAGAUAGACUUUGAUAGCAUGCUGGACGAUGGGGAUCACUCCAGCCUCAUGUCGGGAACCCUGAGUCCAGGUCUGCUCCAGAGCUUGUCCCAGAGUUCCUCUCGCCUGACAACGCCCAGGAACUCGGUGACGUUGCCCUCGGUGCCGGCGGGGACGGGGAACAUGGCCGUUGGGGACAUGAGCUCGUUGAUGACUGCUCUGGCAGAAGAGAGCAAGUUCCUUGAUUCAAUGUCGUAGCGAACUAUUUUCUCCGGCAGAACUUUUCAGUGCACAAUAGACUUAAAAUUGAUGUGACUGUGUGCCAAAACAACCCGUUCUCACUCCAAACUCGUCAAAUACCGCCGCUUGGUUGAUGCCCCUCGGCAUCGGAGACAGAUGCAAGGGGUACACAGGUUUAGGCAAUCUGACUAGCGACUGCCUAAGGAAUCACAUGACUAGCCACUGCCUAACGACGCACAUGACUACCGACUGCCUAAGAACUCACCUUACUAGUGAUUAAGAACUCACCUUACUAGUGACUGCCUAAGAACUCACGUGACUACCGACUGCCUAAGAACUCAUGCGAUUGGCAACUGCCUAAGAACUCAUGUGACUACCGACUGCCUAAGAACUCACCUUACUAGUGACUGCUUAAGAACUCAUGUGACUAGCGACUGCCUAAGAACUCACGUGACUAGCGACUGCCUAAGAACUCACGUGACUAGCAACUGCCUAAGAACUCACGUGACUAGCAACUGCCUAAGGACUCACAUGACUACCGACUGCCUAAAAACUCACCUUACUAGUGACUGCUUAAGAACUCAUGUGACUAGCGACUGCCUAAGGACUCACGUGACUAAUGACUACCUAAGAACUCACGUGACUAGCGACUACCUAAGAACUCAUGUGACUACCGACUGCCUAAGAACUCACGUGACUAGCGACUGCCUAAGGACUCAUGUAACUACCGACUGCCUAAGGACUCACGUGACUACGACUGCCUAAGAAGUAAAGUGACUAGCGACUGCCUAAGGACUCACGUGACUAAUGACUACCUAAGAACUCACGUGACUAGCGACUACCUAAGAACUCAUGUGACUACCGACUGCCUAAGAACUCACGUGACUAGCGACUGCCUAAGGACUCAUGUAACUACCGACUGCCUAAGGACUCACGUGACUACGACUGCCUAAGAAGUAAAGUGACUAGCGACUGCCUAAGGACUCACGUGACUAAAACAAGUCAACGUUACUUUUAGUUUCACACGGGCCACUAACAGCGGCCUCUUGGUUGAAAGUCCUGUUUGUUUGACCCGUCCACCGGCCCCUCCUGUCCGCCCUUAUCGGACUCUCACGCUAUUAAUCCUACGUCAGUUGCUCUGCGUUGGGAAUGAGAACGGGUUGGCUGCAGUGUGUGACGCUUGUUUCCUUGUACAGUCUCUUCAUUAUUUAAAAUGGCAGUUUUCUAUCUUUUUGAAAAGCCAUAUUUCUGGGGUAUUUUUUUGUUUUGCCUUAGGUAGUAAAUAUGACGUAAACAACAGUUCAGUUGUACAAGUCAGCGGUAAGAUCAGUUUACUAAGUGCCUGGCUCAGCCAAAACAUAUGCAUCCCGUGCAUAUGAUUACAUUUAAAAUGUGUAAAUGCAUAUCUGCAUAUUUGGAAUGUACCAUCACACAACAACUUGUUUUACACUGUAAAUUACUUGAUCUGAACUUUGGUCAUUUCUGCUCGAGGAGAGUUUAUUUCCUCCAUCAUCAUUUCAACUUUACAGUCCUCAGUGAGCCAUUAUUUGAUUGCUGCAUUGCUGCUGAGAUUAACGGUGACGUCUCAGUGUCGGCCAUCAGAGACUUGAUCUGUGACUGGAUUAUAUGAACCCAUGCAUAAAUCGGAGGAGAGGAUCGACCUUUGUUUUCUUUUGUACAUUGUUGUACCAGUUCGUUGUGCUGGUUGAAUGUAAAUAUAAUUUGUACAUUUUUAAGAAAUACAAUAUUGACAUUGAUUUUUUUAAACAAACAUGGUUCGUGUUGUCCUUCAUGAAGAUGCU